UCUACGGCGGCGCGAGUCCGAGACUUCCGAGCAGUCGCAAGUCGGCGAGCGCGAGCACCGGAACCAAGCGCCACGCCACGGCCGCCACCGUCGAGGCCUCGAGGCGCGAGCGUACGGUCGGUGCCGACGGUCCGGGGGAUUCACCGGAGGGCGGCACCUAUGCACCAGACCGCGGGUCGCCCCUGUCAGCGGGGAGUGCGUGGGUGAAAGUGAGUGAGGAGCACGAGGCUGUCAGAUCCAAGGCCGAGGCAUGACGCUAGAGGACCCGUUCUUCGUCGUCAAGGAGGAGGUGAGCAGGGCCCUAAACAAAACGCGGGGCCUAUAUUCGCGCUGGACGGAUUUACAGAAUGUUGUGGCCGAAGGCGGAAAGGUCGUGGAGACUCCGACACCGACAUUGGCCAGGGGUCUGCUUAAGCUCAACACUCGCGAAGAACUUGAAUGGACGAGCACCGAACUUAGGAACGCCUUGCGCUCCAUUGAAUGGGAUCUUGAAGAUCUGGAAGAUACGAUCUGGAUCAUCGAGAAAAAUCCAAACAGUUUCAAAGUCGGCAAUAAAGAAUUAACAAUUAGACGAAAUUUCAUUGAACAAACUCGCGCGGAAGUUAAGAUAAUGAAAGACAAAAUGAAUAUAAGCAAGGGGAGAGAUCGUGACCGAACGGCCAGACAGCCAAUAAUAGAGAACAGUCCAACGAGAGUGCCAGCAAUUAAUCAUGGAACAACAAAGUACAGCAAAUUGGAGAAUGAAAUCGAUAGUCCCAAUCGACAAUUCCUCAACGAUGCAAUUUGUAAUCAGAGUUCAAUGAUGAGACAGCACGACGGGCAUCUGGAUGUUACGAGUGAUAAUAUUGGCUCUUUGAGGACUGUUUCGCAACAAAUAAAUUCAGAAUUCGACGAGCAGCAAGUAAUGCUCGAUGAUUUUAGUAAUAAAAUGGAAGUAGAAACCGAUUCAAAAUUAGACGCUACUAUGAAAAAAAUGGCUAAAGUUCUCCAUAUGAGUAAUGGUAACUAUAAUAAUUAUGUUCCUGCUCCCACUACUUCGACAUCUAAUACCUCUAAUUAUACUCCAAAGCCUUCUUCCCUUUCAUCCUUAUCAAGUACUAUAACCAACUGUUUUUUAUGCUCUAAAGAUUAGCAUCUAAAAGAUGCAAAUGGGCCUUACAUCUUGGUAAUUUUAUUCCAGAUAGUUUUAUUUUUUAAUAAUAUUAAAGAGUACAAGGAAAUUCCUAAUAAACAUUUCAAACCUUCAACUGUCCAUAACUAUUUUAUUUUAUGCGAUUGAACCAAAACAGUUCAAUUGCAUUGAAUUGAUUGGCAAUUUUUUUUAUCAAAAUAAAAUUCUUUUAUAAGACUAAAUUAGAAGACUUACAUAUUAUAUUAUACAACUUAUAAACAUACAAAACAUUUGCGUAAGAUAAUGUUUUACGUUUAUAAUAGGGCAUCUAGAUUAAUGUAUAAUUAA